CAGGUGGAGGCUCGUGUUGAUGAGAGUCCGCAGCUCUUCUCCGUCUGGACCCGAGGCUGACCCGGAAGAAGAAUUCCUGCUUCCGCCAGACGCGGCGUUCACUUCCGGGUCAGCGGCGCGAGCCGUCUGUGUUUCGGUGGGACAGCGGCAGCGGCGGGACGGGGACAUGUCGGACGAGGAGGACGCGGCGCCGGCCGCCAAGCGGAGCCGGGUGUUCUACGGCAGCCUGGAGGAGAAGGAGCGCGAGCGGCUGAGCGCCGAGGCGGCGGGCGGCGGCGCGGCGGGCGGCGACGCCGUGAAGGCGGGGAUCAAGGCGGGAAACAUCAACAUCUCCUCAGGGGAGACGCUGGAGAUGGAGGAGCGGGUCAGCGAGCGGCAGCAGGAGGCGCUGGCCGAGUUCGAGCGGCGGCGCCGGGCGCGGCAGAUCACCGUCUCCACCGACGACGCCGAGGUCAAGGCCUGCCUGCGGGCGCUGGGGGAGCCCAUCACGCUGUUCGGCGAGGGGCCGGCCGACCGCCGCGAGAGUUGCUACGGUAACGCUUAUGCUACGAACCGGGGGGUUCCUGGGUUCUGUUUAGAACCGGGGGUUCCUGGGUUCUGUUCUGUGUUCUGCAGCUAUGAUAACUCGUGGCGUCUGUGGGAUCUGGAGGUCCAGGAGGAGAUCCUGCACCAGGAGGGCCACAGCAAGGGGGUCCACGACCUGAGCUUCCACCCCGACGGGUCGCUGGUGGCCACCGGAGGCCUGGACGCCUUCGGCCGGGUGUGGGACCUGCGGACCGGCCGCUGCGUGGUCUUCCUGGAGGGUCACCUGAAGGAGAUCUACAGCCUGCACUUCUCCCCCAACGGGUACCACCUGGCCACUGGCAGCGGAGACAACACCUGCAAGGUCUGGGAGCUGAGGAACAGGAAGUGUCUCUACACCGUCCCCGCCCACCAGAGCCUGCUGUCCUCCGUCCGCUUCCAGCCCACUGAUGGACACUUCCUGUUGACCGGGGCGUACGACAACACGUCCAAGGUGUGGACGCACCCGGGCUGGACGCCGCUGAAGACACUGGCGGGACACGAGGGGAAGGUGAUGGGUGUGGACGUGUCUCCGGACGGGAAGCUGAUCGCCACCUGCUCCUACGACCGCACCUUCAAGCUCUGGCUGUCCGAGUGACGCCUGGACCCGGACCCGUCUGGACCUGUCUGGACCCGUCUGGACCCGGACCCGUCUGGACCUGUCUGGACCCGUCUGGACCCGGACCCGUCUGGACCUGUCUGGACCCGUCUG